AUGGAUGCUUGUAUUCGUAGUCGAGCAAAAACAUCAUAUCAUUCGAAACGAAAUCAAGCAUAUGAAACAACAUAUAAGCGUGAAUUUAGUUCAAAAAAACCAGUAGUAAUUGUUGAAGGUGCACCACCUGAACAACGAUUUUUAGUUGGUUGUCCAUUUAAUUUAGCUGAUCCUGUAGGUGAAACAAUAUAUACAAUGGAUUUUUCUCGUACAAACCCUGUUCCAAAACAACAACCUUAUUUUCAGAGUACAAGUACAAUUGAACGACCCGAUUCAAAACAACUUCCUUGUUGUCCUCGACGAUAUGAAACUUUAAAUGAUCCUUUAGAAGAUGAAAUAAAACAAGCACUAAGAAAUCAAUUAGAUUCAACAUAUCAAGUCGAUUAUACUGGAUCAUGUCAAGGAUUUCAAUUACCAUUGGCUUAUAAUCGACCACGUGCUUUUUGGCGUAAUCAAGUUCCACAUACAUUCAAUAGUGAAUAUCGAAAUCAUUUUCAAAAUCAUCCAAAAACAGCGAUGCAUUUUGGUGGACGUUUUAAAUUUACUAGUCGAGUACCAGCUGAUGCUAUUGUUCCUCAAACAUUACCUACAUGGAAGAAAAAACCAUUACAUUCUAUUUAUUCAUAUGAAAUUAGCCAAAAAACUCCUUCAGAACGAUAUAUGCGAGACUUUGUAGAUUCUUUUGGUGACUCAAUGAAAUAA